GGCCAUGUGGGCCAAGGCCAACACCUCCAAUGUCGGCCUGUUCCCUCUCCUCCUGCCUCUGUUGCCCGUGGCAACUCUGGGUUUCAGUUUCUCUCAGAAGCUGGCAUCCUCUCCAUCCCUCCACAUCUCGGCUCCGAUUUCCCUCCUCGGCGGGACUUCUUUCGUCGUCACAGCCUCCCAGGGUCUGUCAGGUGUUGGGUUUCUGGAGUACAUGUAUGCACCUCUGGCUUUAAUCCUCCACAGUCUGUCUCUGACUUGUCUGGCCAAAGUGUUCGAGGCCGAGCGCCGCUGCCCCCCCGAGGCCCAAUCCUCCAUCUUUGACAUCUACUACACCCAGCUGGUCAACCAGAGCGGCGUGCUGGGCCUCCUGUGGCUGCUGCACCCGCAGAGUCCCUGGCAGGUGUUGAGUCGCAGCAGCUGGCAAAGCCUGCUCUUCCACGGAUACCUGCUCGCUAUUCUGCUGCUGGGUACGGUGCUAGACUUCCUGGUCGGUGUGUCGGCUCUGUGCGUCUCCCCGUUCGCUGCUGCGCUGCUGCACUCAGCGAGGCAGCUGGUGCAGCCGCUCCUCCAGCUUCUGUAGUUUCACUCGAAAAGGUGGCCGAUCGAUGACCCCGGUGUCAUUUUGUUCUCUGGGGACUGGCCCGCCCGUCCUCUGGUGGUCGUGCCCUGACGUUACGUCGGUGAUGUCUGUGUGACUUUGUUUACGGGUAUUUUAAGCCUAACCAUAUAUUGUUGCCUAAAACCUAAGCUAUGUGCACCAGGAAGUGACGCAAAGGGGUCUGACAAAGCGUCAGAAUGAGAAAUAGUUGGAAACUGAAGGUACAUCAUGGUUUUUCCUCCGUUCCCAAUAACACAACCUGGACUAAUGAGAGUAAACACAAUAGAAUAUUGGAAACACAUAACAGGUCAAGAAUGUACUUUAUCAAGACACCAUUGCAAUACUUUUGCAAUAUGUACUCCAUAUGCUCUUUAUACAUGCAUCUAUAUACUAUAGUGUCACUUCUGCUGAUGCUUGUACUGUGCAAUAACUUUGGAGGACUUUUGUAGUGAAAUAUUUUCACAAUUGAUGACGUCCGAGGACUGAAACAACUGUUCCUGAUCUGUACAGGACGCACAUCACCAAUGAUCACCCUGUUCCAGUUAGGUAAAGAACAUUAGGGACUUAUUUAAAACAAUGAAAGACAGACUGCGGUCUUAAUGGGAGACCAGCCGCUCCUAAAUCAGCGACAAUAAAACAAGUCAGCCAAUCAGCAGCCCGAGUCCGACACACGCUUUCUUUUAGAGCUGAACCAAAUAUUAACACGCAUCUGUUUUAUGUCUAUUCACAAAAACCUCUGAGGAGCUAUUUUUGUUACAUCUUUGAUAAGUGUUUGUGACAGUGCACAAAGCUCCACUGUCACAGUAUUUAAGAUUAACGUGUGUAUUUGUA